AUGCCCAGUGUAUUUGAGACAAUCACAAGAGCCGUGGUCCAUGAGCUGGAUGCUGGAGGUGAUAGGAAUGGAGUCAGAAGCAUCGUUGACGCUGACAGGCUUCAUUGCCUAUGUCUGGUGGCGGGGAAGAGAGGUUUAUUCGGACACCGUUACUGCUGCACAGGCCUCACCCUGCAGGACAUACUGGAGAGGGAGGACGGUGAAGAGCAGUUUGAUAAGCUGGAUUCUGGGUGCCCAGCUGGAAAGGCUGAGUUCCAGGUUGCGGAUGGGGUAGAGUCCGCCGGGGGGCUGAAAGUGAAAUUGCCUAAACAAAUAAAAAUUGAAGGGAGCUUCCAUGUGUUGAGAGAGCAAAGCAUCAUGAUGUUGGGGUCCAGGAUAUCCCAGCAAUAUCUGGAUUCCCUCCAGAAGAGGAAGCUGUCCUGUUCUUCCAGGGUCAGCCUCCAGGAACCUUUUUCUGACGCCCCCAAUUCACCCCUAUUCCUGCUGUCCUCCAGGGUGACUGAGUUUUCUGGCCAAAACCUGCUGGUUUCAAGAAAACUGAAGAGAGAGCUACCUGCUGUGUUUCUAUCAAUAAAAAGAAGGAGAGAAGACCUAUAUCUGGUGACAGAAACUCUGGAGACAACAAGGGAAGAAACCCUGCAAAGUGAGCAGGAAUAUACAUUUUGGAACCAGCUGGAUUUUUGCAGUCUCAAAUGCAAACGCAAGCGCCAAAGAGCAGUAACCAUCCCCCCAAAACUGGUCCUGGGCUGUCGAAUAAAGCAGCUCGUCUUCACCAACAUGGAAAGGAUCAAUAUUUGUUUCUCCGGAAAACCAAAAUCCUUUCCAGAAGAGAAAGAUGGUGAUUCAUCUAGCUAAGGAAAGUCCUUGAGCUUGGAGGAUUUCGGAAACAUGGGGGAGAAGGUGCAGGACGCAGUGGAAGUCCUCUGGGAUCUGACUGAAAAGGAGUGAGAAGAUGUGCUAAGCUGCCUCACUAAGUGCCUCACCUCGGAUGAGGGGCUGCAGGCUGUAGAUGAAGCGGCGUCUGAGGUCCUGAACUCCGAGGAGCUGCAGAUGGAGGGCCCAGCAGGGUCCCUCCUAGCUGCUGGGGUCUUGGUUGAGACACGCACAGAAGCCAUUCUGGUUUUCCUGAAUGCCGGGAAGGAGCUGUCGGAGGAGAAGGAGCUUGUGGCUGAGACCUUGAAGAAGGGAACCCUUCCCCUGUUGAAGGACCAGCGUUUACAGUCUGCUGGAGUGAAGCCUCUCCUGGAGCAAAAGUGGGGUGAGCAGCCCCGUGACGUGGGCUGUGACCCUGAGGCACAGACUCUCUGUGCCCUCUAUCUUGUCUCCGUCCUGCUGCAGCUGAGAGAGAAGCCUGCCCUGCGUCUUCCUGUUAGCUCUUUAACCAUUCUCCCCACACACCUCUGGGGGCUCCCCUCCCCGGUCCGUCCGCACCCCACACCCCAUUCCCCCAGUUGCCAGAAUGAUAACCUUUGA